GCACCGCAGGUAGGCAGGAGGCUGGAGCGCCUGCUGCCCGCCGCCCGUAAAAUGGUCACCUCGGCUGGACAGCUCGCCCUGUUCGCGCUGGGUAUCUUGUUGGCUGUGUGCCAGGCCCUGGAGAACACCACAUCGACCCUGAGCGAUCCCCCUGUGGCCGCAGCUGUGGUGUCCCAUUUUAAUGAAUGCCCGGAUUCCCACAGUCAGUUUUGCUUCCAUGGAACCUGCAGGUUUUUGGUGCAGGAGGAGAAGCCAGCAUGUGUCUGCCAUUCUGGGUACGUCGGUGCCCGCUGUGAGCAUGCAGACCUCCUGGCCGUGGUGGCAGCCAGCCAGAAGAAGCAGGCCAUCACCGCCUUGGUGGUGGUUUCCAUCGUGGCCUUGGCUGUCCUCAUCAUUGCAUGUGUGCUAAUACACUGCUGCCAGGUCCGGAAACACUGUGACUGGUGCCGGGCCCUCAUCUGCAGGCAUGAGAAGCCCAGUGCCCUCCUGAAGGGAAGGACUGCUUGCUGCCACUCAGAAACAGUGGUCUGAGGAGCCUGGAGAAGGAGCUCAGUCAGGCGGAUGUGCAGCCUGAUGAAGACAGGACUUCGGGCUGGCACCACAGGGAUGUCUAGGCCGUGCCAGCAGGUUUUUCCUCCUCUGCCUGCCGCCAGCUCUCCAGCCUUUAAAUCUUUUGUGGGCCUUCCUUCAAAUCUGUCAUGAACUCUGUCUGCUUGGGGUUAUUUGGUGUGACCUAGAGAAGAAAUCAGUGGGCCACCACUUAAAGACUGGUCCCAAAGAACUGCAGAGGGUGGACUUACUGUUUACCUAGCUAAGGUGUGCACAGCAGUAGGCAUCUGCAUCCAGAUGUGUGUAGUUGUCUCCUGCCUGUCACGGAUGCCAAGCUGCGUUUCUCUCCUCAUCUCCCUACUACAUAUCCAUCCUGCCCAGAAAUUCCAAUAGUUGUUACAUUUGUUUCCCAUCCACUUACUGGGGAAGAAGGUGGAGAAGAGGUCGCGGUUAUCGUUAACAUGAAGGCUUCAAGUGGAAGAAGAGCGUGUCUGACUGUCCACAGAUCCUCAACCAGCCGACAUCUUCCACAGACACACGACACUAAAGACCUUCUCAAGCACUCACCACCCUCGGAGAUAACUUCUUAUUUAUUAGAUGGAUGAUGGUUUAUUUUUAAUCUCUUAAGACAGUGUAAAAAACAUAAAACGCUUUCAGACUUCUAUGUUAAUGAUGUAUGUAUUGCUGGUUGUAAGGUGUCUGGCCUCUUCAGGACAGCUGAGGCUUGGGAACAGUCCCCCAGGGGUACAGAAAUGGCAGCGGAGGAUGAGUUGGUGAAGGGAACAAAGAUUGGGGUUCAGAGAUUGCCAAUUUAGACACCAAGCAGGGAAAUGUCUCUGGAUAGAUUCCGUGGAAAAGUCAGUAAAUCCAGAGAGGUGUCACCUCUGUUGGGGGAGAGAGGAAGCAAUGGCCUGGGUGUGUGUCUACACGCAGUGAACACCACACCUACUAUACUGCCCCAUGAUUAAACGGAUUCACUUCCUAGGGAGCCCCCAAGAGGCCAUUUAGAAAUGGCAUUAGCAGAGAGCCAUGGGCAUUUGGGGCCACAUCCAUGAAAGGAGGACCAGGCAUUUAUUUUCCAUGUCGUUGCUAGGCUAACUUGUUGCUUUAUUUGUAAAGGGAGAAAUUUUAACUUUCCUAUUUAUUUUCAGGCACUAAGAGAAAUAUUCCAGUGACUUUUUGAUUUUCCAUUCAGGAUGCUGGUUUUAUGAACAAAAACUCUUAACAAGCCUCCUCCACUGUGUGGGGUCUCACUUUCCCCUCAGAAAAAGAGAAAUUGCCCUCCUGAGACUCUCGGUACAUUCUGACCCACUGGGCCUGCUUGUAGGAAGUACUGGCUCCCUCCAACUAAACAGUGAUUAAACUCCCUAGAAAAUUUCAUUAAAAUUUGGAAACAGAAUAAGAAUGAAGUGAUCUGUAAGGUCCAUAUGUGAGGGAACUAUUUAUCCAUUGAUGCUUGAAAAAUGAGAGAUUUCUGCCUUUUCCCCUUCAGUGCGUCUAGCUCCCCACGUUGUCAAAAGGGACCUUUAAAAAGAUCACAUGGGCUUGAAAUUUCAGGUAAUUUUGUCCUUCCCUAAUGCUUCUUCUCCUGUCUAUUUCUGUGAAUUUUCUCUGUAUUCCUUGUAAUUGAGACAACUAUAUGACCCUUAUCUCAAUUUUGGCACUUUCAUUGAAUGAUGCCACACCAAAACAUAAAGAUCAGAAAUGGAUCUGUUCACCAGCUGGCCCCUGGCAAGGUAAUUGACACAGCUCCCAGGUUUUCAUUAUAAAAGAAAAUAGAUUUUAAUUUGCAUUCCUAGGCCAGUCCUGCAGCAGCAGAGGCUUAACUGUAGCAUCUUGCUCAGCGUCCAGUGCUAUCGACACUGGCUUGUAAACCCCACUUUGCAUUCGUCUUUCUCAUUGGACCCCCCUUAAAGUCCGAGAGUCUGGUUUUGAGAGACUAAUGGAGUUAUGUCACUUUUUUUUAACUUGAGACCACAUUUUCACUUUAAGACAAUCUCUCCCCAGUCUUUUAAAGACUAUUUGAGGUCAGAUGACCUGUAAAGAGUAUAAUCUAGUGUGAAAAUGUUUUCUGAGAUUUUUUCACCUACUAGAUGGCAGGACCAAUGUCCAGUCUUUGGACAUCCAAGGGCCUUUGUAGAAGUGUAAGGAGAGGAGGAUGGAAGCAAAGAAAAGUCUUUGGUUUUUUAUGGGGACUUCAGAUUUAGUGUCCAUAAAUGCUUUGGUCCAGCAAAUCACAGCUGCCAGUGCCCCCUUCUUUGUGCCUGUACAACCACGCAGUGAACUGGCUCGAAUGUUUUGCUUCCUAGAAGUGCCUCCCAUGGCAGUCCUCUAUAUACCAACUAGACUGAAAAGAGUUGGAAGGGGAGGCUGGAGUCAAGGCAGGCCUGACUGACCACUGUCCACACCCUGGGGUGGGAGAGCCUUCUUUGGUGAUUUCUCAUUUAGAAAUCAGACAGCCAACAGCACUGGAUCCUGGUACCAUUUUAUGGCACUGGUACUUUUCUGGUUUUCUGUAAAAAUAAGCCAUUUGGGGUUGAAAGUGGAUCUUCUAACCCACCUCUGUCAGUCCCUGUGUUUCCUUCCUUGCCCUUAGAAAGCCAAGUGUUGUUAUGAUCAGGGUAUCAUUCCCGAGGUUUGGGAAGAGUCCCACCCUGGGCAUGGGGACAGAGCUGUUCUGAUGUAUAUCUCAGGAGAAAUGAAAAUCCCCCAUUUUUAAAAAAGGGGGUAUGCUUCCACUUCUUUUACGGAGCCUGGAUUCUCCUCGACAUGUUGUGACUUCUUCAAGCACACUGGCAAAAACAUUUUCUUCUAUAUGGAAAGACUGACAGCAGCUAACCCUGACCUGAAAAAUGCAUCUGGACACAUGUAGACCCAAGGAACCUGCCAUUGUGUCUCAGCAGAGGAGGUGGGUAGUGUGUACCCAGAGUCUGUUUUAAAGGAGAGAAGAGGUGGGAUUGCUAUUCCAUGACCCACACUGGUUAUGGAGAAGAAGUUGUGCUUCUAGAACUUCUUGAGAGAGUGUUCUCUGCAGGUGGAGAGAAACGUCUAUCAACUUUGGGUUUUCCAGGGUCAGCUGGUCUCAGUACACUUGGACCCACUGGUUGCUCUGCCGGCAGUUUUGGCAGGAAUGGAUCAAGGAGGCUCCAACAUUGCUCUGGGGGCCGCAGCCCCUUUGUCAAAGUCUAGGCUUUGAUUUUUUCCCACCCUGCUCAGUAGAGCAGAGGACAGGGGAUGGGAGAUGAUUCGAAAGUCCAGGACCAGGGGAACAUCACAAAUAAGACAAAUACAUGUUUGCUCUUAAUGUUCCAACCUAAACCUGUUCUCUCCAGCCACUGAUUUUACGCAGCUUUCUGAAAGAUCUGGUGGUAAAGUACUGAAAAAGCAAACCCUCUUCCUGGUGUAAUAACUUACUGAAGUGUUCAAUUUCCAUUAUCUUUAUUAACAAACCUGAUGCUUUUUUUUUUUAGAACUUGUAACUCUGACUUCUGUAUAUGUUGCACUGAAAAGGUUAAUAUUUAAUGUUUUAAUUUAUUUUGU